AAACGACACGGUCAUCAUUGAUACCGUUCGAGUGUAACUGCACGUACGUCCACUGCUAUCCCGCAAAAAUCGAAAUGGCUCCAGGAGGCAAAUCCGCAGGCAAAGCGAUGAAGAAGUCUGGCAAGGCCCAGAAGAACAUCACCAAGUCCGACAAGAAGCGCAAGCCAAAGAGGAAAGAAUCGUACGCUAUCUAUAUCUACAAAGUGUUGAAACAAGUACAUCCCGAUACCGGAGUUUCCUCAAAGGCCAUGAGCAUCAUGAACAGCUUCGUCAACGAUAUUUUCGAACGUAUCGCAGCCGAAUCCAGCCGCCUUGCUCACUACAACAAGCGCUCCACCAUCACCAGCCGGGAAAUCCAGACCGCCGUCAGGCUCCUGUUGCCCGGUGAAUUGGCCAAGCACGCCGUCAGUGAAGGUACCAAGGCCGUCACCAAGUACACCAGCUCCAAAUAAGCGUCUCCUCGAUCCGAGACUUUAAAACGGCCCUUUUCAGG